AGCGGAGGCCACCUCGUUCACCCGACGCACCGCGUGAACGUGAGAGGCUGCGUAUCCUCCAUUCAUCCAUCCUUCCAUCCAUCCAUCCGGACCACAGUCUGGAUGCUCCAGCGCCUUCCCUCCUCAUUUUGCACAAAUAGCUCUGCUUUCUGUGCUUGUGACCUCGGGUCUGGUGUUUUCGUGGCUCCUCUCAUUUCCCCACCAUGGAUGAGCAGUGAGGUCGGCGGAUCCACCGCCCUGCAGCCUGCCGCGGAGACGGAGCUGCACACCGACGCGGAUGCGCACGAGUCCCGGGGAUGAACGAGCAGGAAAUGGUCGGUGUUUCGGGCUCGGGAGGCUCCCUUUGCCGUCAUGUGAAUGCGGGCGAGGCGCGCCGAGCGGCCGGGGAUGAUGGUAUACGCGCCCAGCUGGGCAGUGCUCCAUAACCUCCCUUGCCCCUCGCCUCCCACCUGAUCUCCUGCUGCUCCUCCUCUUCCCUGAACCCCGCUCAUCAUGACCACCACCCUGGAGACCCUGCUGGCCCGGCCCGACCAGGAGCUGAGCCCGGAGCGGCUGGACGGCUGCCAGGACACCCGCGGCCGCUACAAGGUGGUUCCCUCGGUGGUCUGCUCCAUGUGCUGCCUCUUCGGCAUCAUUUACUGCUUCUUCGGCUACCGCUGCUUCAAGGCGGUGAUGUUCCUGACGGGCCUGAUGUUCGGCUCGGUGGUCAUCUUCAUGCUGUGCUACAAGGAGCGCGUUCUGGACACCCAGCUGAGCGUGGAGGCCUCGGUGGGCAUCGGCCUGGGCAUCGGCACGCUCUGCGGCCUGGUCACCAUGCUGGUCCGCAGCGUGGGCCUCUUCAUGGUGGGCCUGCUGCUGGGCCUGCUGGUGGCCGUGGCCACCCUGGUGGGCAUGGAGGAGCUGUCCGACAGCCCGCCGCGCUCCGUCUGGGUGCCGCUGGGCGUGCUGCUUGGCCUGGGCAUGCUGUUCGCCGUGCUCACCCUGCAGUGGCAGCGCCUCUUCACCACGCUGUCCACGGCGGUGUUCGGGGCGGCCGUCAUCACGGUGGCGCUGGACUACUUCGUGGAGCUCUUCGCCCUCGUGCUGUACAUGUACGAGCGGAUCAAAGCGGAGCCGCCGAAGCCCGUGUGCUGGCUGACGUGGGUGGUGCUGGGCGUGUGGCCCGCCCUCACCCUGCUCGGGGUCAUCAUUCAGUGGAAGGUGACCGCCGAGGGAUACUCCCACACCAAGGUGAUCAUCAGCCGGCAGCAGAGGAGGAUGCAGGUGAUGCGGAUCCGUCAGCGGGACGACCGCUAUCGCAACAAGAAGAAGAAGAAGCAGCAGCAGCAGCCGGGCUCCUCCGCCCAUCAGGCCAAGCAGCUCCACGCCGAGCCUGCCUACCGCCGCAAGCCCAACCCCAUCCGCCGCUACGACACGGACGUGCUCUCACCCAGCUACAUUCAGAGUUUCCGGGACCGACAAGUGCAAGCGCAGCCCUUCCCCGGCCGUCUGGUGGGCGGUCCCCACGCCGUGGUGGACAUGGGCUACGAGUGCGGCUCCACCACGCCCCUCACUGCAGCGGCAGGACCCUCGCUGCGGGUGUGACCCCCGUGACCCCCCACCCUCCACCCUCCAGAGGUCAAAACAUGCCACUAAAGCAGGGAGACACACGACUCGACGGUCACGCCUGUGCUAGAACAAACCGCCACUGGGUUUCAAUGCAAAAAUUCUGGGUUUUGAUCAAAAAAAAUAAUAAUAAUACAAAGUGCUGGAGUUCCACACAAUGCAAACACGUUUAACCCUUUACUAGAUACAUUUUGGGAGAUGGAGAUCAGCUCUCCUCGUGGCGUCCUGUCGGGGAGAUCAGUGUUUAGGCUGACUUCUUUUCACUCUUUGUCAGUAGAUUGAAAUGCACAAAUGCAUGCACGCACUGAACACACACACACAGACGCACACACACUGCAGCCACGCCCAGCGCCGACCUGUGUGUCGCCAUCUCCAGUCAGACCACGUCAGGGAUCGCUCUCUCAAUGGAAACCCGCCUCAGGUUCUAACACAGGCCCCUGUGCGUGCUGUUCAAACCGUCGUCCUCGUUUUUCCGUCGCGCUGCAGAAGCAGCUCGUUCCUCAGCUUCUUUGGAGUGAGAUUCAGCUCACCCGUCAGGGAGCCGGGGCUCCUUCAGUUGCUCUCUGUGCCAUCUGGACGACAGACAUCCUCUCCUAAAUGAGGAAAGACAUCAUUAAAGUCAUUUCCGAAGAGGGGAAACCCUCCGCCACCCUCGGUGCUGGACAAUACUCUACUUCAAGCGUCAAACUGCUCUCUGGAGGCCGGGGGAUCUGUUUCAAUGGGUGCCUUGCCCCUCCUGGAACUGCACACCUGAGCAUCAGGAGGGGGGUUACUGGCAGAUCUCCCAUCAGUGGCUUUGGUUUCUUUUCCUUUUUUGUUUUAUCUUGCAUAAAAUGUGAGGAUUUUUCAGGGAGGGGGUAGCCGCCGAGCUACAACAAGCAGGGUUUUAAAGUGUGACGGAGAUGAAUGGGCUGGUUAUUGUCACAGAUGCCUGGAUACGGGAGAAGGAUUCACUUUUAGCUGACAAAACAAAAGCCGUAUUGACACUGGCACCUCCUCCGAGAUUUCAGCCAACGCUUAAGGACAAAUACUUGGGGGAUUUUCAAGUGCUGGAAAACACAUUUUUUUUUCAAUUUUGUCAAUGCUGUGAAAUCCAUUCAACUCCUAAUUUACUGUAAUAAGCAGAAGAGGUUAAAGCACUGUCUUCUGUUUGAAGGUUUGGGGAUUUAACAUGUAUUCCUUUGGACCAGUAGGAGCUAGUUAAUGUAGUAAACUUCACUGUUUCAGACUGCUAAUUUCAAAAGGUUGUUUACUUCAUUGCUAAUUCAGAAGCUUAAAACAUCUUUAAUCCAGCGGAGACGAGCUGAACACCUCAAGCUGCAAACUUCCACAAAAUCCAACGUGGCUUUGAACGCACCGAAAGUCUGAUGAAGUCUCUGUGCCUCCCCGAAGCCCGUCCGGCUGAGGUGCCAGUGUCCAUACGGCCGAAACGAGUCGACUAGUGGCCAUAACUACUUGUACUUAGACCAACUCUUUUCCAUCAUGUGCAUUGACUUUCUUUGUUAGGGGUGAAAAAAGAAAGAAAAAAAAAAAAACGACGUGUAACAUUUUUGUCAACGGUGAAAAUGUGAAUACUUUCUAACUGUCUUGACCUUUUUAAAAGAAAAGCAAACACGUGUUUUGGGGGACAGGGAAGACGUCUGGUACAUUUUUAUUUGUCAGUGAGAAGCUGAAGUGCAUGAACUCGCCCCCCGACGCGUCCCCCCCCCCCCCCCCCCCAGCACCCGCCACCCCUCCAUGUGCAUCGAUGUGAAAUUUGUACAUAAAACACGGCACUUACCAACUUCUUUUUUUUUUUUUUUGUUUAGUUUUUAUUUUCACCAUUUGAUAAUUUCAUUCAAAACAUGUUUUCUUAGGACUCUAAUUGUUCAUUUCCAGUGGGAUGUAUUUAUUUGCUGAUUUAUUUAUUACUGUAAAGGAGAGUGCAAUGUCAUCACUGUAGGCCAGUAACUCCAUGCUUUUGAUAAAAACUGAAUUAUGACUAUAACGAUUAAAGCAUGUUUUUCCUCGGGCCUGUAAACA